AGAUACUGUAGUAUCCUUCAAAACCCAACUGUUGUCUUUGCACAGCAGAAGAAAUUCAUUAAAAUAAAUACAUAAAGGACAAAAAAGUGAAAGUAACCUGAACAAGAGGCCUAAUGUCUGCGAGAACUCCAGCCACCAAUCAACAUACAACAGCUUCUUCUGAGUCAGCUGUAGUUUCUGAAGACAGAGGUGAUGAUUUCAAACAGACCGUAGCUAUUGUACUUGACUCUGGAUCUGGCUACACUAAAGCUGGAUUCUCUGGGGAUGAGAGACCCCAAACCAUGAUCAAGUCCUCUACUGGUAUGUUUAUAGGAAGCAGAUGGAAUACAAAAAAGAGCGAAGAACUGGAUUACUACAUUGGACACAACAUACCCAGAAAGGAUUUAGUGAUGAAAAAGCCUAUCACCCAUGGUAUUGUGACCGACUGGGAUGCCUUAGAAAAGUUGUGGCACCAUGUGUUCUACCAUGAGCUGCAAGUCUGCCCUGAGGAACAUGGAAUCUUAGUGACAGACCCUCCUUACACUCCUUCCACCAACCGGGAGAAGACUGCAGAAGUUCUGUUCGAAGGAUUUGAGGUACCAGCCAUUUACUUAGCUCCCCAGUCUGUGCUGUCCAUCUACUCCUAUGGACGACUCACAGGUUUGGUUGUGGAUUCUGGAUCUGGUUGCACUUAUGUCUCCCCUGUCUAUAAUGGGUACUGUCUGCCCCAUGCCACCUCCCGUCUCGAUCUGGCUGGUCAGGCCUUAAAUGAACACCUAAGCAAGCUGGCGGCAGAGGCAGGACAUUGUUUCAGCUCAAAGGAAAUAUCCAUAGUGCAGGAUAUGAAGGAGAAAUGCUGCUAUGUGUCAGAGGACUUAGGCGAAGAGUUGAGGUCAGAAGAGCAAGGUUACCUGAUGGAUUACCUGCUUCCAGAUGGAAACACCAUUACUCUGGGCAGCCAGCGGUUCCUCUGCCCUGAAAUACUGUUCUGCCCAUCCACUGUAGGUGUGUCACAACCUGGCAUGCACAUCAUGGCCAUGAACAGUCUUAAAAAGUGUGCUACCGAGCACCAGGCAGUGAUGAUGAAGAAUGUGGCAACAUGUGGUGGUUCUGCGCUGCUCCCUGGUUUCUCUGAGAGACUCAAGAUGGAGAUGCUGAAACUCGUUCCCCAGGGCUCCCCCGUGGCUGUGCUGUCUGGGCCCCACCGCCAGUUCUCAUCCUGGGUAGGAGGUUCCAUUAUCACCUGCCUCAGCAGUUUCCAGUCCAUGUGGGUGAAGAAACAAGAGUACAUGGAGAGGGGGCCUACAAUAAUGCACAGCAAGUGUUAUUAGAAAGAGAGUGGGUGGGGGGAGCUGAUACUACCUAAAAAACAAAACAAUACAGAAGGGGAAUGUAAAAAAAAAUGUAAGCAAUAAAAUAAAAGUGCAGAAAAUUC